CCAUCCCAAAGUCGGGUUCUGAUUUCGUUUCCCCGCUCGCCUUCGGCUCCGCUCCCACUCUCUCUUUCUCUCCCUCUCCUCGCCGGAUCGUUGCUUCUCUCUGGUCCAUCGCUUCCACCCACCCACGCACCCAAACCCUAAUUAGUCCCUCGAUCCACCAUCGCUACCGCAUAGCUCGUUCCGGAGUAGUUCUUUCCCACCUUCACGGUCCGCUCUAACCCUAAUUCGAAUUCAUCGCAGCAGCAGCACCAGCUGUCGCCGCAGCGGAGGACGCGUCGUCGGCUAUCUAGCGCGCCUCUCACCAUGCCGUCCAUACUCUCCCCGGGUAAGAUCCACCGGUUGGAGCUCGAGAACUUUAAGUCCUACAAAGGGUUCCAGACCAUCGGUCCCUUCUACGACUUCACAGCCAUCAUCGGCCCCAAUGGCGCUGGAAAGUCCAACCUCAUGGAUGCCAUCAGCUUCGUGCUUGGCGUCCGCUCCGCCCACCUCCGGGGAGCCCAGCUCAAGGAUCUCAUCUAUGCAUUCGAUGACCGCGAGAAGGAGAACAAGGGGAGGAAGGCCUUCGUCCGGCUCGUCUACCUUAUGGCCAAUGGUAUCGAGCUCCAGUUCACCCGGACUAUUACUGGUGCCGGCGGCAGUGAGUAUCGGAUUGAUGGCCGGGUCGUAGGCUGGGAUGAGUACAAUGGCAAACUGAAAUCGCUCGGCAUCCUUGUAAAGGCAAGGAAUUUCCUCGUCUUUCAGGGUGAUGUGGAGUCGAUUGCCUCAAAGAAUCCCAAGGAACUUACAAGUUUGCUUGAACAAAUUUCUGGAUCAGACGAGCUUAAAAAAGAUUAUGAGGAAUUGGAGGAGCAGAAGGCUCGGGCUGAAGAAAAAUCAGCACUUAUUUAUCAGGAAAAGAGAACUGUAGUAAUGGAGCGCAAGCAAAAGAAAGCACAGAAGGAAGAAGCUGAGAAACAUCUCCGCCUGCAAGAAGAGCUGAAAUCUCUGAAGAAGGAGCAUUUUUUAUGGCAACUUUUCAAUAUUGAAAAUGAUAUUGAAAAACUCAAUGGUGAACUUGAUAGUGAAAAGAAAAAACUUGAGGAAGUUCUCUCUUUACAAAAGGAAUUCGACUCUGAAGCAGAGAUGAAAAAGAAAGAACAAGCUGGCUAUUUGAAAGAGUUGACAAUUCGUGAAAAGAAGAUUGCAAAGAUAAAACUUGAGCUUGAUAAGAAGCAACCAGAGCUUCUUAAACUAAAAGAAGAAAAAUCUCGCAUUAAUUCAAAAAUUAAAAGCAGCAUAAAAGAGUUGGAGAAAAAGAAAAAAGACCAAAGGAAGCAUGCUGAAGAAAUAGGAAAGCUACAAAAGGAUCUACAAGAUGUCACUGAAGCUAUUCAUGAGCUGAAUGAGCAAGCUAAACAUGGUGUUGGCAAACUUGAACUAGCAGAUGAUCAACUAAGUGAAUAUCAUAGAAUUAAGGAGGAAGCUGGAAUGAAAACUGCUAAGUUAAGGGAUGAGAAAGAGGUUCAGGAUAGGCAACUACAUGCGGACAUAGAGGUUCAACAGAAUUUGGAAGAAAAUUUUCAACAAUUGCUUAGUCGAGAAAAGGAGUUGUCAACUCAGGAGGAUGAAUCACGAAAGAGAUUGAAGCAGAUAUUGGAUUCAGUUGCAGAUUAUAAGAAAGAGCUCGACAGGGUUAAGAAGGAUUUGCAUAAGAUUUCAAAAGAUCGUCAAAGUUCGGGGACAAAGUAUCAGAGUCUAAAACAGAAACUUGAUGAAGUAGAUCUACAAUUACGAGAACUAAAAGCUGAUAAACACGAAAGUGAACGAGAUGCUCGGCUCUCUGAAACAGUUCAGAGUCUCAAAAGACUUUUUCCAGGAGUUCAUGGUCGCAUGACUGAACUUUGCAGGCCAUCACAGAAGAAAUAUAACCUUGCUGUUACUGUUGCUAUGGGUAAAUUUAUGGAUGCUGUGGUGGUUGAAGAUGAGAAUACAGGAAAAGAAUGCAUUAAGUAUUUGAAGGAACAACGGCUUCCUCCCCAGACAUUCAUCCCCUUGCAGUCAAUUCGUGUCAAGCCAGUUAUCGAGAAAUUACGUACUUUAGGUGGGACGGCACAGCUGGUCUUUGACGUGAUACAAUUUGAUCGAUCCUUGGAGAAAGCCAUCAUAUACGCUGUGGCGAAUACUCUUGUAUGUGAUAACCUUGAUGAAGCUAAAAUUUUAAGCUGGAGCGGAGAGAGGUACAAGGUGGUUACCGUUGAUGGAAUUCUCCUGACAAAAUCUGGUACAAUGACUGGUGGGUUAAGUGGUGGAAUGGAAGCCAAGUCAAAUAAGUGGGAUGACAGUGCAAUUGAAGCCCUUAAGAAAAGGAAAGAUCAAUUGGAAUCAGAAAUGGAAAGUCUUGGAUCGCUAAGAAUGUUACAAAUAAAAGAGUCUGAAGCAUCCGAAAAGAUCACAGGGCUUGAAAGGAAAAUUCACUAUUCAAAAAUUGAGGAGAAAAAUAUUCAGGAAAAGCUUUCAAAAUUAAAUGAAGAAAAGCUAAAUAUUCGAGAGGAGAUUGGUCACCUUAAACCUGAGCUUCAGAAGUUGAAAAGUGUUAUUGCUAAAAGAACUGAAGACAUUCAAAAGCUUGAAAAAAGGAUCAAUGGGAUUGUUGAUCGAAUUUACAAGGAUUUCAGUGAAUCUGUUGGAGUGAAGAACAUUCGUGAGUAUGAAGAAAGUCAGCUUAAAGCUGCUCAAGAAAUGUAUGAGAGAAAGCUGAGUUUAAGCAAUCAUAUGUCAAAGUUGAAGUACCAGCUAGAGUAUGAACAAAAGCGGGACAUGAAUACACCAAUUUCAAAGCUGGAAUCGUCUAUUGAUUCUUUGAGGGAAGAGUUGAAAAAUGUUAAACAGAAAGAGUAUGAUGUGGAGCACACAGCAGCAGAAAUUUUAGACCAGAUGAAAAAAAUAGAACAAAAAGCUGAUGAUUGGAAGGCUAAGUCAGAUGAGUGUGAGAAGGUCAUCGACGAACUAAAGAAGAAGAGUGAUAGUUUCAAAGGGACAAUUGGGAAGCUGCAGCGAGUCAUUAAUUCUAAGGAGGCACAGCUUGAACAGCUUAGAUCAAAUAAGCAGGAGGUGCUUGAUAAGUGUGAGCUUGAGCAAUUGAAGCUUCCAACAGUUGAUGAUCCAAUGCAAACUGGAACUUCUAGUGUAUUGCCAGUCUUUGACUACACUCAACUGAGCAGAAUGUAUUUGCAGGAGAUGAGACCUUCUGAGAGAGAAAAACUUGGGCUAGAUUUCAAACAAAAGAUGGAUAAUCUUAUGGUUGAAAUAGAAAGAACAGCUCCUAACUUAAAAGCACUUGAUCAAUAUGAAGCCUUGCAGGGGAAGGAAAAGGAAGUUGUUGAAAAAUUUGAAGCAGCUAGAAAAGAAGAGAAAGAAAUAACUGACAGAUAUAAUUCUGUCAAACAGAAAAGGUAUGAGCUUUUCAUGGAAGCCUUUGAUCAUAUUUCUAAGGGUAUAGACAAAAUUUACAAGCAAUUAACAAAGAGUCAAACACAUCCACUUGGGGGGACAGCAUAUCUGAAUCUUGAAAAUGAGGACGAGCCUUUUUUGCAUGGAAUCAAAUACACAGCCAUGCCUCCUACCAAACGGUUCAGGGAUAUGGAGCAGUUAUCAGGUGGGGAGAAAACUGUGGCAGCACUUGCCUUGCUAUUUGCAAUUCACAGUUACAAGCCAUCUCCAUUCUUCAUUCUGGAUGAAGUUGACGCAGCGUUAGAUAACUUGAAUGUUGCCAAGGUUGCUGGGUUCAUUAGGUCAAAAUCAUGCGAUGGUGCUCGAGGCAGCCAAGAUGGUGACGGAGGAUGUGGUUUCCAAAGUAUCGUGAUAUCACUCAAGGACAGCUUCUAUGACAAAGCUGAGGCAUUAGUCGGAGUGUAUAGAGACUCCGAAAGAAGCUGUUCGAGAACAUUGACGUUUGAUUUAACCAAGUAUAGGGAGUCAUGAAGCCAUGUCAUGAGAUUAUGUUGAGCUCGUAAACAACUAAAUCAAGUGUCUUGACUGAUCCAGGACAAGCGAUCAGCUGCUGUAAAGUAUUUUAUCGUGUAGAUUACGACACUUGGAAAAUUUGCUCUUUUCUUGAAAUGUGUUUAAAUAUCCACUGUAGGAAAAAUAGUUGUAGUGGUUGUGAAAUAACUGUAUCAGAAUGAUGACUGACAUUUAACUGUUGGUUCAUAGUGGGACAUCAGGCCCUUGAACA